UUCUUUACUUCAGUUUGCAUACAAUCGACUAAAUAGACUUCUUAUUAAAAAAAAAAUACUGAUAAAUAAAAAAAAUAUUCGGUUUAAUAAAAAGUACAUACUAAAAUUUUGCUUCUAUAAAUAUGUUGCGCUUAUGCGUAAUCAUCUGUUUCCUCAGUGGAGUCUUGUCGCAAACACCCGGUAUAGGAAAAUGCCCUCAGCCAAAAGUUAAAUCAAAUUUUGACCUCAAAAGAUAUCAAGGGGAUUGGUUUGAAUUGCGACAUAGCAUUCCAAAUAUUUACGAAUUAUAUGGAAAAUGUACCAGAGUCAACUACAAGUUAGACGAAUUCGGGUUUUUGAUUUCUACUAAUGAAAUGUAUUCAGAAUUAAAUCGAUUUCAUCAACAGAUGAUAGGUAAUGCGACUAUUGAUACAGCAAAUUGCGAAAAGGGAUCAAAAUGUGGUAAACUUAAAAUGGCAUUUCCGUCGGCUUACGCUGAUAAAGUUAUCAGUCCUUAUUGGGUACUCGGUACUGAUUACAGUAGUUUCGCGACUAUUUGGAGCUGUUUAGAAUAUGACUCGUAUCAUUUUCAAUACGUCUGGAUUUUGGGAAAAGAAGAACAUCCCGCGGCGUCAGUUGUCAAGGCGGCGAUGCGUAUUUUGAAAAUAAAUGGCAUAGAUGAUAUACCAAUGACAGAUACGAAUCAAAAUAAUUGCCCAUUGAAAGGAUAAUUAUAUUACAUUAUUAUUUAAAGCUUCUAUAAUUUCUCCCGUCUUUUUAGACCAGAUAAGGCAUAAAAAUUACUAAAAUUCAAUCAAUAAUUUUAUUAUGAGUUGUUGUGUCCAUGAUUUACCAUAAUAAAUAGGAUAUCAGGGAAGUAGACAAUAAAUUAUGUAAAUCACUAUACCAAUUAUUAAUUCAAUCAAUAAUUUAAAUCAGCAUAAAGUGAAAUUGUAUUCAACAAAAUUUUAUGGAAAAUAAAAAUUAGACUCAAAUUUAUCGACGUCAGAAAAUAAUAAA